AAGAGAGCACGAUUAGAACCUUUGUGUUUUUAAUUUAUUAUAUGUUGUUUUUUUCUGCAUUGAAACCACGGAUUGAGCUGCAGCAGGCUCAACAAGGACUCGUUUGUCCAUGAGUUCUUCUAAAGGACCUCCAAAGACUGACGCACUUGCAGAAAAGUGUUCAAAAAGUUCACCUGGAUUUUGGGAGUACCACAGUCUUGCUCGCGACGGUAUCAAUGUCCUUUUGAAUAACGGCUUUGAAGAGUCACAAAAGCUCUUUAAAAAUCACAGACAGGCCGUUAUUUUGAGCCCUGCCAUAGCCCAGUCUAAUUUUACUUACUACAGUACUAUGGAAAUUAAUACCUGGUUGUUUAUUUGUCAGCAAGCCAUCCUGACCUUUGAAGAUGACCAACUAGAUAGAGCUUUAGAAAACCUAAAAAGAGCACAAAGAAUAUGUUACAUUGAGAGUAACAAGAAGUCUGGGAUUGCCAAAGAUGARAGACUCAUGCGGCAGAUUCUUUAUGCUGAUUCCGAAUUAUAUAUGGCCUUGUUAACUUUUCUUAAACAAGGCGUAACUGAUUACACAGAAGAUGACGACAUGCUAGCAAAUUUAGAUGGAAGUCCAUCUCUGUCAAGAAAGUCACCUUCUGUAUCUCCUGAUGCGCUGCGACAUCUUCAGGCUGCCGUGUCYUGUGGUUAYGGRUUGUUUCAUCUUGCAAUAUCAUURGURCCUCCMAAGUUGUUAAAGUUUUGCCAUUUACUGGGGUUUUCGGGCAACCGKGAUGUCGGUCUKCAGGCAUUAGACAUUGCUAGUCAAAGUGAAGAUAUGAAAGCCCCUGUGGCAAGGUUAACAUUAUUGUGGUAUCAUUCWGUGAUACGACCAUUUAUUGCUCUUGAUGAGGGCAAUAAUGAAGAAGGACUUAAAAAAGCAACUGAAAUGUUAGAAGAAUCUUCCCAGGAAUACCCAUCAUCAGCGGUGUUUUUAUUCUUUAGAGGACUGGUAUCUAGGCUCAAAGGUAAUGUUGGCCAGGCUCUACAAGAGUUUCAUCAGGCAAUGACAGCUGCUGCAGAACAAACUGAAAUUGCCCUUAUAUGUCAGUAUGAAAUAGGUUGGUGUCAUUUGUUACAGUUAGAAUGGGAUUAUGCAUUACCAUCAUUCUUCAGAUUAAAAGAAGAGUCCAAAUGGUCACAAGGCUACUAUGCUUAUCUUUGUGGAAUAACUGUUGGAUUGCUUGGCAGUUCAACGGAAGCACAUUCACAGUUUAAAUCAGUUCUUAAAUUGACAAAAAAGAAGACUCCCCUGGAGGAGUUCCUCUGUAGAAGGGCUGCCCAGUAUAAAAAAGUUGAGCCUUCAGARGAUGACUGUCUGUUGCUUGCUUUAGAAUUGUUGUAUGUAUGGCGGGCAUUUUACACAUGCACUGAAACUGUYCUACAUAAGAUGCUUAAAGAUAUGCAAGAGUGUAAUCCUAGUCCAAAUCUAAUACCACUUAAAACGCUUAUGAUAGGGUCUGUCAAUCAAAUAUUAAAGAAUAAUGACUUAGCUGUCAAGUAUUUUCAAGAAGCUAUUUAUAAGUCAGGGAGAUCCCCCCCUGAUUCACAUGUUCCUCCGUUUGCAACGUAUGAGCUUGGAGUACUGUAUGCACAAGAUACCAGGACAAGCGACAAGGGAGAGGAAUUACUAAGACGAGUCAAGGAUCACUACAGUGGCUACGACUUUGAAAAUAGACUAAGUUUUCGAGUACAUUCUGCAAUGGCGAGAAUAGAAGAAAGAAGACAAGAGAUGGCUGCCAGUCUUCACAAAAAGGCUUAAAAAUAACUUUUAUGAUWGAUGUUUGUAAGAUAAACACUUCACUUUCACUGGGGGAAGGGAGGGUAAAACCAUCGUCCAUUCUUAACUCAUCUAUACAAGCACGUUCAAUGGAGAAUAUUCGGCAUAAAAAUCGUGAAAUUACCUUCAUUUCUAAUUCUGCUUCUUUAUUUCCUCUGCUUCAUGUGUCUGUCCGUGUUCAAAACUUUGCUUCCCUUAAGAACCAACUCACGGCUGAAAAUCAGGAUGACAUUUAAGAGUGAAAAAAUGAAAUAUAAGUGUGAUUUACGAGCCAGUUUCAAGCAUUCAGUACAUCUGUUUUCAAAAGCGUUGCCUAAUUUGAAAUUCAGUUUUAAAGUGAAGCCUUGGCGAGCUUUCAAGGUAAAAUAUUCACUUCCAAAUGAGUAAAAAUUUCAGCUUUGAAAAUGACAAUGUUAAAAUGAGGAUGUUCUUUUGUUACUUGUGACCAAAUUUGUCAAUACUCACUGCUUUCAAACAGGUCACAUUUUUGAAAACGGGUGUAUUUUGCAGCAUAGUACCUCUAGAGGCGUUCCUUGACGAGCGCUCAGAUGCGAGGAACGCCUGGAAACAAGGCUGGCGUUAUUAUAUAUUAUUAGGCUAUAUUGUGAAUUCUUCUAAAAUAUCGCCCUAUUGAUGACACGGAAUCCAGAGCGUUCUUGGAUUCCGGAUCCCAUGAAAAAUGUUGCAAGCAUUCUGGUUCCACCAUAUUGGAUUCAGAGUGCAAAGCAUCCUAGCUUUAUUUGUCGUUUGUGACUCGACUGUUAGGAAACACUAAUGUGGAUUCCGGAUUCCUCUUCCGCGGAAGCCGGAUUUCGUGUUAUGGGGCAAAGUCAAAAAUCAAAAUCAUUCACAUGGAUACAUAGUGUUGUUUUAUCGCCUAAGAAAAAGCAACAAUAUUCAUAUAAAGUAUUGUGUAUAACAUUCAAAGAAACGACCACAUGAUUGGCUAGUUGCACCACUAACUUAUAUAUCUACUUUAACRUUAUUAUAAGGCUUUCUUGGGAGCAAUAAACCGCUUUAUUUAAAUCAGCACUUUUAUUACAACCAUGUAAUGGGACAUAUAUUAUUCAUUGAGUGUUUUUUUCAGUGGACGUAAUGUAAUUCACAAUAUAUUUCAUUUCUUCUUAAUGAAACUAAUACACCUUAUUUAGUUUAUGGAAAAAAAGCAAUCACCCACCUUAGAGCAUUAUUAUUUUUUGAAAGUAUCCUCGGGUUGCACGUUACGUCAUAGUCGCCAUAUUGGAUGAAGAUAAAGUAUUCCUUGUUUUCUCUUAUUUAUCCCUCCGAGAUGACGGCGAUAGCAUUGUUUUUUAUUUCUCCAAGGAAUCUUGAUCAUGUAAGAGUUAUGCUACGUCAUAGCCGCCAUAUUGGAUGAAGAAGACGAGAAUUUCCUCAGUUUCUCUUGUCUAUUCAUCCAACAUUGUGGCGUUAGUUUUGCUCUCUUUUUUACUGAUUGGAAUUUUUGUCAUGCAAUUGCAACCCAAGAAUACACGUCAUUUCCACCUUCCCAUUCUCCCUUUCGGCCUUAGMUUCUAUGAUUUAACUUCUUCCACCCUACAACGUUUUGCCAAGUGCAACAGUAUGCGCUAACAAUAGUUUAUAUCUUCUUCAAUUCUGUAUAGGACUAUUUGGUAAACUUUAAAAUGUUGAAAUAUCUGGUUAUACCUUUUAAAUUAAACUUGUGAAUUUUAGUUUGCCCAAAGGGCMUCUAAUGUAUAUUAUUAGUUAAGUAACCUGUAUUCUUGUAGAGCAACGGCAGCUAAACCGAGAAAUAAAAAAACUGGAAAUGCAA